UUCCACAAUGGCACAAUCUCUCUUCCCACGUUGACUAUUUUGAAAAAAAAAAAAAAACUUACCAGACCCCCUUUUAUCUCAUCUCCACGCAUCUUCCAAAAGUUCUCCAAAGACAGUUUUGGUUCCUCAUUUCUCUCUCCCUCACUUAUUCACUCCUAUUUUGAAGUUUCCUGCUCUUUUCCUCUCUCCUCAACACCCAUUCAUACUACAAAUUGCCAAUUAUUACAACUUACUCUUACAACUAUUUUUCUUACUCACUUCAAUCUUAUUCUUUUAAACCCAGAAAAAUUGAUUGAUUGAAAUUUGUAGACUAAAAUAAUGAUGGCAAGACAUAAUUUUUUGGUGCCUUUUAUUGCCCUUCUUCUUGGUGCUCUUGCUAUGACUUUCAGUCUCAUUGCUUUUGCCAAAAGGAUUAAGGCUAAAGAUGUUACCAAAAAAGAUAGCUUAUGUGUAUAUCCAAGCAGUCCAUCAUCUGCUCUUGGCAUAGUUGCUGCAUUAUUUAUACUAGCUGAGCAAAUCGUUAUUAGUGCUGCUACUUACUGCUUUUGCUGCUGUGGACUACGUUGUUCUGCUCGUUGCACUGUUAUAAGCUCAUUACUCUUCUUCAUCGGCUCCUGGUUCACUUUUCUGGUAACGUUCAUUGGAUUGAUAUAUACAGCGAUCCUUGACAACACCAGUUUCCUAGCAAAAACCUAUACCAGAGGAAACAGUGACAGUUGUGGAGUGGGCAAUGAGAAUUUGUUCCUUGGGGCUGCAUAUUGGUGCAUAAUUAGCACCGUUGUAGGUCUGGUAUCAUAUGCUUUCUGGGCGUGUGGUGCUGCUAAAACAAACAAUAAUAACCAAGGCCGCGCUUUUGAUCAUGAGCAUGGUGUUGCUAUGGGAGAACCUCAGAUGCAGCAACCGAAGGAAUAACUUAGAUAAUUAAUGUGAUGCUGGCUGAGUGGUUGGUAUCCUGUAUAGCUCAAGAUCAAUCCAAGGGUAGUAAAAUUGUUGUAAGCUGUAAAGAUCAUUUCAUCUUUUAUCCUAUUUGUAGUUUAGCAAAUGUUAUAUCAAAUAGAAUGUUGAACAAAUCUCUUACAGUCUUUACUUAUCAAAUGACAUACAACAUUUUUUUUCCUACA